GGGAGGGGGCGCCGGAGCCCUGCGGAUGGAGGCCGGGGCGGCGCGGCGCGCUCCGUGCGCGCGGGCGGUGCUGGCGGGGGGCGGCGCAGCCACUGGCCCAGGACCCGGGCCGCGACCCGGGGCGGCGGGCGGCGUGGGCGGCGCCCGCGCCUGGGAUGCGCCGGGGCCUCCGUGGCGGCGGCGGCGGCGCCGGCUGCUGCUGGGGCGCGGGGACGAGCUAGCGCCGCGGCGCGCGGAGCCAGUCGAGCCCGGCAGGCGAGCGGAGGCGGCGGCCGCGGCGAAAGCAGUGCGGAGGCGGCGACGGCGCGGACGGCGGCCACAGCUGGAGUCCGAGCUCCCCGCGCCCACCAUGGCCGCCCAGGGCGAGCCCGGCUACCUGGCGGCUCAGUCGGACCCGGGCUCCAACAGUGAGCGCAGCACCGAUUCGCCCAUGCCGGGCUCCGAGGACGAUCUGGUGGCCGGCGCGCCCCUGCACAGCCCCGAGUGGAGCGAGGAGCGCUUCCGCGUGGACAGGAAGAAACUUGAGGCCAUGUUACAAGCUGCUGCUGAAGGAAAGGGCAGAAGUGGGGAAGACUUUUUUCAGAAGAUCAUGGAGGAGACAAACACGCAGAUUGCUUGGCCGUCAAAACUGAAGAUUGGAGCCAAGUCCAAGAAAGAUCCCCAUAUAAAGGUUUCUGGAAAGAAAGAAGACGUUAAAGAAGCCAAGGAAAUGAUCAUGUCUGUCCUAGACACAAAAAGCAAUCGGGUCACGUUGAAGAUGGAUGUUUCCCAUACAGAACAUUCACAUGUGAUCGGCAAGGGUGGCAACAACAUUAAAAAAGUAAUGGAAGAAACAGGAUGCCACAUCCACUUCCCAGAUUCCAACAGAAAUAACCAAGCCGAAAAAAGCAACCAGGUAUCUAUAGCAGGACAACCAGCAGGCGUAGAAUCUGCCCGAGUUAGAAUUCGGGAGCUGCUUCCUUUGGUGCUGAUGUUUGAGUUACCAAUUGCUGGAAUUCUUCAGCCAGUUCCUGAUCCCAAUUCCCCCUCUAUCCAGCACAUAUCACAGACAUACAACAUUUCAGUAUCGUUUAAACAACGUUCCCGAAUGUAUGGUGCUACUGUCAUAGUACGAGGGUCUCAGAAUAACACUAGUGCUGUGAAGGAAGGAACGGCCAUGCUGUUAGAACACCUUGCCGGGAGCUUGGCAUCUGCCAUUCCUGUGAGCACACAGCUGGAUAUCGCAGCUCAGCAUCAUCUCUUUAUGAUGGGUCGAAAUGGGAGCAACAUCAAACAUAUCAUGCAGAGAACGGGUGCUCAGAUCCACUUUCCUGAUCCCAGUAAUCCACAGAAGAAAUCCACCGUCUACCUCCAGGGCACCAUUGAGUCUGUCUGUCUUGCAAGGCAGUAUCUCAUGGGUUGUCUUCCUCUUGUAUUGAUGUUUGACAUGAAGGAAGAAAUUGAAGUAGACCCCCAGCUCAUUGCUCAGUUGAUGGAACAGCUCGAUGUCUUCAUCAGUAUUAAACCAAAGCCAAAGCAGCCAAGCAAGUCUGUGAUUGUGAAAAGUGUUGAGCGAAAUGCCUUAAAUAUGUAUGAAGCACGGAAAUGCCUCCUUGGACUUGAAAGCAGUGGGGUUACCAUAGCAACCAGUCCGUCCUCAGCGUCGUGCCCUGCCGGCCUGGCGUGUCCCAGCCUGGAUAUCUUAGCUUCAGCAGGCCUUGGACUCACUGGACUAGGUCUCUUGGGGCCCACUACCUUAUCUCUGAAUACAUCAGCAGCUCCAAAUUCACUCUUGAAUGCGUUGAACAGCUCGGUCAGUCCUUUGCAAAGUCCAAGUUCUGGCACCCCCAGCCCCACGUUAUGGGCCCCUCCGCUUGCCAAUACUUCAAGUGCCACAGGUUUUUCUGCUAUACCACACCUUAUGAUUCCAUCCACUGCCCAAGCCACACUAACCAAUAUUUUGCUGUCUGGAGUACCCACCUACGGGCACACAGCUCCGUCUCCCCCUCCUGGCUUGACUCCUGUCGAUGUCCAUAUCAACAGCAUGCAGAAUGAAGGCAAAAAAAUCUCCGCUUCUUUAAAUGGACAUGCACAGUCUCUGAAUAUAAAAUAUGGUGCAAUAGCAACUUCAUCACUUGGAGAAAAAGUGCUGAGUGCAAGCCACAGUGAUCCAUCAAUGCAGACAGCUAGAUCUGAGCAAGCUUCCACCCAGUCAAAUCCUGCAGAAGGUUGUAAUGAUGCCUUUGUUGAAGUUGGCAUGCCUCGAAGUCCCUCUCAUUCUGGGAAUGCUGGAGACUUGAAGCAGAUGAUGGGUCACUCCAAGGUUUCCUGUGCCAAGAGGCAAACAGUAGAACUACUGCAGGGCACCAAAAACUCACACUUGCACACAGACAGGUUGCUCUCAGACCCAGAACUGAGCGCUGCAGAAAGCCCUCUGGCCGACAAGAAGGCUCCUGGGAGUGAGCGUGCCGCCGAGAGGGCAGCAGCCGCCCAGCACAACUCGGACAGGGCCCGCCUUGCCCCACGGCCGUCGUACAUCAACAUGCAGGCGUUUGACUACGAGCAAAAGAAGUUGCUGGCAACCAAAGCAAUGUUAAAGAAACCAGUUGUGACAGAGGUCAGAACGCCCACCAACACUUGGAGUGGCCUGGGAUUUUCGAAAUCUAUGCCAGCUGAGACUAUCAAAGAGCUGAGGAGAGCUAACCAUGUGUCCUAUAAACCCACAAUGACAACCACUUACGAGGGCUCCUCAAUGUCUCUGUCACGGUCCAGCAGUCGAGAGCACUUGGGAAGUGGAAGCGAAUCGGACAACUGGAGAGACCGAAAUGGAGUAGGACCUGCAAGUCAUAGCGAAUUUGCAGCCUCUAUUGGCAGCCCCAAGCGCAAACAAAACAAAUCAACGGAACACUAUCUCAGCAGUAGCAAUUACAUGGACUGCAUCUCCUCGCUGACGGGAAGCAAUGGCUGUAACCUCAACAGCUCUUUCAAAGGGUCUGACCUGCCGGAGCUCUUCAGCAAGCUGGGCCUGGGAAAGUACACAGAUGUCUUCCAGCAGCAAGAGAUCGAUCUUCAGACAUUUCUCACUCUCACAGAUCAGGACCUUAAAGAGCUGGGGAUUACUACUUUUGGUGCCAGAAGGAAAAUGCUGCUUGCAAUCUCAGAACUAAAUAAAAACCGAAGAAAGCUUUUUGAACCACCAAAUGCACGCACCUCUUUCCUGGAAGGUGGAGCAAGUGGGAGGCUACCCCGUCAGUACCACUCAGAUGCUGCCAGUGUCAGUGGCCGCUGGUAGCAGGACCCUCUGGGCACACGUCCGUCACCUAACUGUAAAAUUGGACAUGCGAUAUCUGGGAGCAGCCUUCACCGCACAGCGCCCCCAGCACUUGGGGUGUCUUGUGUCAGGACCAAAGCAUCGUAUUCACACCUGUACUUUGCGGCAGACAUUAAGAGAGUGAGACGCUGUUCUUAUGCUGUCAUACAGAAUACCAAGUGUGGAUGACUUUUUAUAACUGACAGCUGGACAGAAUAUGCAAUAUGGGAAAGGCUUUAUCUCUUGUUUUUAUUUACGUAUAUAAUAUAUGCACUGAUUUUUUUUUUUACUUACAAUGAAGGAUAAUUGACAUCUGGGAUGCCAGAAAACUUAGAAGUUAUUUGUUUGCUCGUUUGGUUUUGGUAUUUUGGGGUUUAAAAAAUCACAGUGGGACUUUCUGGUACUGCUUUAAAUAAUUAUUGAGGUAUCUCAGCACUUUACACAGUUCUGAUUUCUUUGUCCUGUGGAAAUUAUCUUUUUCUCCCUCUCAUUUUUAUGUCACCUGAUGUAUCGGUACAGAUCAGAUUUAGUUAUUUUUCUGGCUGCAUCAAAUUUUUAUUUGAAAUGGUACUGGACACUAGUUUCUUUGCAGAAUAUUCUGUGCCUUUGGGAAAUGUGAGUCCACUGGAUUCUGGACCAACUUACUCAUUUAUGUCAGUAUCCUAGGAACACUUAGCAAUGAACCUAGUUCAUGGUAACAGGUGCAAAGAGAGACCAAAUGGAUUUUGCAAUAUUAACCCUUUGCAGUGAUCGUAUUUAGCUGCUGCCUAUAUUGCUAAAAUGAUUUUAGUGGUUGUCUGAAAGCAAAGGGCUUUUUUUAAGUGUAUACUGCCAUUGAAGGACAUUAUUUAUAUCAAACUUUUAUUUUUAGAUAUUAUAAACAUACAGUACAUAAUUGAUGAAAUUGAUAUUUACUAGAGAUUUAUGCUAGAGAAUGAAAAGCAUUCAAUAACUGGAGCCCUAGAUUGUCACUUUAUUUAAAAGGCCAAUAAUCAUCUGACAAGACAGCACUGUUGCCGUUAUAAAGAGAUUGUAGUUCACACCAGGCACACAUUGGCCACGCUCCGUGUGGUCACCGGGCUUACCCGAAACCAAAUCAGUCUGCUUGAAGGAGACACGUGUCAGGCCUGGAAAGGCUUCGCGUCUCGAGUGACAGUUCAUCAAGGUAACUGAGUUUUGAGUGGGGGAAUAAAAAGACUGUUUUGAAAUGGCAAGAUUCCUUGUUAAAAUCUCAAACU